CGUUGAAAAUUUCCAAAAAUAAUCAGAUUGAAAAUGGAUCAGAUGAAAGCAAAAGUGAGUGCAGUUCCAGCGAUUAGCGAAGUCUCUCAAAUAUCACCAAAGUUUCCAGUAAGAAACAACAUGAGAAAUCCCGCAUGAAAAUUAGAAAACUCCAAAGGCAUGUAAUUACAUCCAAUAAGAUGUGAAGUUGCCGUUGAGGAGAAUGAAAUCGAAAUUUUACACUGACACACAGGUGUAAUGCACAUUGACGAGAUUUUCUGCUGAAGAAAUUCCCGCCAGAUUUGUGGUCAUCUCUUGGAUGUCUCUCUCUCCAUCGGAGAGAAUUCACUCAAGUGUAAUGAUAUACCGAAAAAUUUUCCGUUGUUGCUCAAGAGAGAUGGAUUUGUGGCUGUUAUUUUUUUUUUCUUGCAGAUUGAUCUUUUUGGGGGCUAGAGAGACGGAAAAUCACGGCGAUUGGGAUUUUUUGAGGUGGUUGGUAAUAAGAAAAAGCCAAAGAAAUUCUCCUUCAUUUGAUUUACCACGGUGAUUUGAAGAGCUUGGGAGCAAUAACGAAAUGGAGGGAAGACGUUCGAAGUGGAGGGAGCCUUUCUCUUCUUCUUUCGCACCAGCACCAGCAGCGUCUCCCCUUUGGCGUGAUUUUAUAAAUAGUCGACGAUUUCUGAAUUUCUCACUAGACCGCCGCGGAUUAUGGACUAGACAAGACCAUCUUAAGAUAAAUUCCGGCACUGUGAUUGUUCCUUCUGCUUUCCCAAAAAAAAAAAUCAUCUGGCCGGAAAAUUGGGCAGUAUUUAGAGGUCGAAAAUAGCCCAUCUCUCUUGUGUGCAAAUAGUGAUCAAUCAGUGGUCAGUGAGUGGAAGUGAAUUUAUUUUUUUACCUUGCUCCCCUGGGCAGAAACUUGCAUUCAUAUAAGAGAGCUCUAAACGGAAGAGAGUAAAAGCAGUGAAAAUUGCUGCAUAAUGUGGAUUUCUACAAUUUUUAUCGUGGCUCUGGCACUGGGUUCAUUGAAUCCAGCUGCAUCUGAGGAAAAAAUUGCCGAUGAGAAAACUGUUGCAGCAACGGAGAAAGUGCAGGAGAAGAGACAAAUCUCCGGACAUACAAAAGUUCCCACGCAUCCCAAACUCUCACAGGACUUUACACCCCUGAUCUAUGGCAACCAGGUGACUCCUGGUCUUGGUCAGUAUGCCAUCCCUGAGGAUCCUUCCACCUACGCUUCUUCUGCUAACGCCAGAAAGUUGCCUAAUGCUAACAAUUACCUGAAGCUGGCACAGCAAGGACAACUAUCACCAUCCGUGGCACCGCAACAGUUUCACGUGGAACUGAAGGGAGCCCAGCAGCAGCCGGUGUUUGUGCCCCAGGGUCCCAGGGUGAAUACCAUCUCAGACGCUGAAUACUUGCAACUUAUUCAGAAUGCACAGAAGUACCAGGCUGCUCAGCCACAGCCUCAGCACUUUGCACCCUUCGUGCCUCAGCACCAGGGUGCCAUUCUGGUGAAUCCUGCCGGACAGAGGCAUCAACAGUAUGCGCAACUGUACCAGAAACCAACAACGCAUCCACUCAGUGACUCUUCCCUGGAACGUGAGAUUGAAAAGCUCGUAGCUGCAAAUUCCCCUCAACAAACAGCUUCCAGCCAGAGACAGUCAACUAAGGUGCCCAAGGCACGACAGUUCCUGCCUAAGAACCAACACAAUUUCGUCUUUAUUCCCUACCAACCUCAUGCCCUGCAGCAAUUUGUUCCUCAACAGUAUGCUGCUGCAGCAAUCCCGCAGCAACAAACCCUGAAGCAGCCUCAGCAGCUGUUCUCUGCUGAUUUCCAGCAAGCCAGCAAGUUCCAUCAAUUCCUGCCACAGGCUCACUUCAUCCCACUGGUACCCCAGCAGGCCCAUCAAGCCCAGCAAGCCCAGCAAGUUCACCAGCUCCAGCAGGCUCAGCAAGCCCACCAGCAGCAACAGGAACAUGCGCUGGCAAGUCCCAUUAUCUCAUACCACCAAAAGGCACCCCCAAGUCCGCCACAAUCAGCACACAAUUCACAGCAUUCACAGUAUCCCACCACCAAGCCGGCCGAAGUGAAAGCCCAGCCACAGCAGAAAACCCCGGAUCAGAAGCAACCAGCUCACUCCACAAUCUAUGUCUCUCACUCCACUAGCACCCCACCUUUCGCUAGUCCCACCAAGCAGUCACACUACACCGCUAAGCCCACAUCCCAUUCACAGGAGACUCCCGCUCAGGCCCAGCACAGCCAACCGGCUGCCCAGCAAGUGUCCAUCAACUCCCUGGCUGCUUCCAUCUUCAAGACUCCUCCAUCCCAACAACGCCCUCUAACACAGCAGGAAUUCCAAGCCCUGGUCGACGCUGGGUACCCCGUAACGCCCAUUCAUGUUCCCGUGCCAGUUCCUGUCCCUGCAGACAAGUACGAAGGCCUCAAUCAACAGCCACAGCAACAGAAUGCAGCAUAUGCUCUGCAGCAGCAGCAAUACUCUGCCGCUCAGGCUGAGCACAAGUUCAAAUAUCCAACUCCCCAAACUGCCGGAAGCCAGUACCAACCCGCCAUCCUUUCUCCGGCCACUUUCUACGCCCCCCAGACCCCACAAGGCUACUACCAUCGUGAGCAGAGAGACGCGGCGAAGGAGACAAAACAACCCUAAAACCCUAACGACCUUCCUCGCCUUCCUCCCAUCCCCGAAAUCCCCCAAUUCCCUCCCCCGAAUCCCCCCGGCAAGAUACUCAAUUCUGAGUAACUUGUCGUAGUAUUAAAA